CUCAAGGGACUGGGACUGAACAGAAGGUCAUGUGAGUAUAAGGUCAGCUGACUCCCUGAAAAAUUGAAUAUCACUUUCAGCACAUUUCAUGCUAAUGCGAACGUUUUUGAUUUGUUUGUUUGUUUUUUGCACCGACAAUACUUCUACACGGCUCUAACUGAAUACAUGAAUUAUUUUGAAGCUACCUCUAGUCCAUCCUGUAAAGCAAGUGCAUGGAUGAAGACUGAUCAGGAAGUCUGUUCCUUACAAAUCAAAACUCCCAGAGUAGCCAGUGACAACAGGAUUUUGUUGUCAAGGUAACAUCAUGUGAAAGGGGGUUAGUGCUGUUCAGUUCCUGUUCAUGGGAUCUGGAGCCUUUUUAGACUCUCACGCAAUCACUGACGUCACUAAAGUCUUCAGGAGGCGGACUGGAACUGGGCCCAGUGUCUCUAGUGGUGCUGCUGUUACUGUUUUACUGUGACAUGUGACCUCGGAUCAUUUUCUGAAUCCUUCAGUUCAAUUGAUUGUUUCGUGAAGUGGAAACAGCGCCACGCUGCCGUUAGUUUCCACUCAGUGGUCAGAUUCAGUACUGCAGCUCCGCCGGCCUGUUGUUUAUUACAAAUUGCGCAUGCGUAAUGAGAUGAAUGGCCGCUGCACCUGACGGCCCACCAGGAAGUGUGGCGAACAAAUCCUCUGCCGUUAAUCCCUGCUCGGUACGGUAACCGGAGGAGGCUGGGACAGUAGCAUGCUCACCGGGCCGGAGCGCUCAGUCUGACCGUCGGGACCGUCUCCGCUCCGGGAUCGGCCUCCGGGGCCGUCCGUCUCCCCCCUCCCCCCCGUCUGUCGGGCUCCAGACCCCCGCUGCUGCUCAGCUCAAGCUCCGUGAAGCUCAGUGAAGCUCCGUGCACGUCCACCCUGACUGCAAUGGGAUGCUGCGGUAGUACGGAGAGGACAAAGAGAGAAUGGAGACCGCUGGAGGACCGGAGCUGCACCGACCUGCCCUGGUUUCUGCUCUUCACCGUCUUCUGCGUCGGCAUGGGCAGUAUCUGCAGCUUCACCGUUGCCACAGGCGGAGCCUCUCGCCUCGUCUUCGGGUACGACAGCUACGGCAACACGUGUGGUCAACGCAACGAGCAGAUCGAAGGCGUCCGGCUGAGCGGCCUCGACCACACCGACAGGAAGUUCGUCUUCUUCUUGGAUCCCUGCAACAUCGACAUUGUCCAGAGGAAAAUCAAGUCCAUGGCCCUGUGUGUGUCCCUGUGUCCCACCGAGGAGCUCAAGACCUACCAGGACCUCAAGAGGUUCGCCAUGUCCAACGGCUCUGAACUUUGUUCCUACGAGUUAGCAGGUCACAAAUAUCCUGGACUCCCAGAGAGGUUCAGCAAGUGUCCCAAACUUCCUGUUCCACCCAGUAAGCCGUUGCCGGUGUUUAACCGCUGCACCCCGGUGGACGUGUCGUGCUACGCCAGGUUUGCGGAGGCUGUGGUGACGUUUGUCGGAGACAACGGCGUCCUCCACCGUCUGAUCGCAGGCGUGGCCGCCAGUAAAGAUGUCAUCAUCGGACUGUGCGUCCUCGCACUCGUCCUCUCCAUGAUCCUCAUGGUGAUCAUUCGCUACAUCUCCGCCGUCCUCGUCUGGAUCCUUACUGCGCUGGUCGUCCUGGGAUCCCUGGCGGGGACCAGCGUCCUCUGGUGGCUCUAUGUCGACCACCGGCUCUACGGCAAUGACACGUCCUCCAAAGGGAAGGAGGAGGCAAAGGAGGAGGUGGACAUCAGGAGGGACAGUGGACAGGCGCUGCUCGUCUACGCCGCCGCCGCCACCGUCUUCACUGUCAUCCUGCUGCUGCUGAUGCUCUUCAUGAGGAAGCGAGUGGCUCUGACCAUCGCUCUGUUCCAUGUGGCUGGAAAAGUCUUCAUCCACCUGCCGCUCCUCACCCUGCAGCCCUUCAUCACCUUCCUCGCCCUGCUGCUCUUCUGGCUCUACUGGGUCCUGGUGCUGCUCUUCCUGGGGACCACAGGGAACCCGAUCCAGAACGAGGAGACAGGGCUGACAGAGUUCAGGCUGACAGGUCCUCUGCAGUACCUGACCUGGUACCACGCCGUAGGCCUCGUCUGGAUCAGUGAGUUCAUCCUGGCCUGUCAGCAGAUGACUGUGGCCGGAGCCGUGGUCACCUACUACUUCACCAGGGACAAGAACCGGCUCCCGGUGACCCCAAUCCUGUCCUCAGUCCUGAGGCUGGUCCGGUACCACCUGGGCACCGUCGCUAAAGGAUCCUUCAUCAUCACAUUGGUGAAGAUCCCGCGACUCAUCCUCAUGUAUGUCCACAACCAGCUGAAAGGAAAGGAGAACGCCUGCGCUCGCUGUUUGCUGAAAACCUGCAUCUGCUGCCUGUGGUGUUUGGAGAAGUGCCUCAACUAUCUCAAUCAGAAUGCCUACGCAGCCACAGCCAUCAACAGCACCAGUUUCUGUACGUCAGCACGCGACGCCUUCGUCAUCCUGGUGGAAAACGCUCUGCGCGUCGCCACAAUCAACGCGGUCGGAGACUUCGUGCUCUUCCUGGGGAAGAUCCUGAUCGUGACGUCGACAGCGUUCGCCGGAGUCCUCCUCCUGAACUACCAGCGGGAUUACGCAGAGUGGCUGCUGCCGCUCAUCAUCGUGUGUCUCUUCUCCUUCCUGGUGGCUCACUGCUUCCUGUCCAUCUUUGAGAUCGUGGUGGACGUCCUCUUCCUCUGCUUCGCCAUCGACACCAAGUACAACGACGGCACUCCAGGGAAGGAGUUCUUCAUGGACAAGGCUCUGAUGGAGUUUGUGGAGAGCAGCCGGCGGCUGGAACGUGCUGUGGAACGUGGGCGUAGCCGGGUGAAGGAGGUGGUGUCAGAGGGGGCGGAGAUGAAGCCCAUGGUGAGUGACAGCAGCAGUGGAGGGGGCGCGUCGAGGCGGAGGAGCUCAUUGCAAGAGGCAGCUUUGGGGGUGGGCCCAGAAGUGGGCGGCGGGGAGUGGGAGGAGCUUCAGGAGUUCCAGGUGUACUACCUGCUGGUGGGGGUGCUGGUGGACUGGGUGCUGACAGAGCAGAGCGACUUCGUCCUCUGCCUCAGCGAAGACGUAGUCUUAUUCCUCUGCGUCUACCUGCCCACCUCCACCCUCUUCCUGUUCGUCAGCCUACUGCACACGCCAAGCCCCGCCCCCUCCACCACACCUGCCAUUAAACCCACCGCCGUCACCGCCAAGCACUAACGCUCACCUGCUAACUGAUGCAUGCUGACUGGACGAACACUAAUGCAUCAUCACCGUCAUCACCAUCACUGACGUCUCUGUUAUCCAUUAUUUUUGUACUUUUCUAUAUUUUCUAUUUAAAGUUUUUUUUUCUAACCGUU